AGAAACAAAAACCUGAGGAGUGAACAAAGAAUCAGAGUGGAUUUAAAGGCUGAGCGGCUGCCGCUGCUGCUGCUGCUUCUGCAAUAACCACUCUGCACUGAACUUAACCUCACUGCACCCAGGGAACCAGACGCUGUCUGCAGAACCAGGGCCAGGAUGCGGACGGGUGUACUGCUGCUGAUGCGCUUGUGCUGCUGCAUCUCUGCGCUGCUGUUGCUGCAGAGCGCACAGUGUUUGCCGCUGCGCUACAAGGACACACCGGUCUCUGAGAAGAUUCCGGACCUGAAGAAGAGAGGAAAAGUUCCUUAUGCUCAGGACAUAAUGAAGGAGACAGGUUUGUCCAACAAUAUCACCAACAUGUGGAAACGUCCUCGCUGUGGCGUACCUGAUUACCCUGUCCUGAAGGGGGAGCUCCAUCAUGAACGACACCGCCAGAGACGCUUUGUUCUUUAUGGAGGACGCUUGGACAAGACAGACCUCACCUACAGAAUUGUGCGGUUUCCAUGGCAGAUGGGUGAGGACAAGGUACGCCGCAUCUUCCAGGAAGCUCUGAAAAUCUGGAGUGACGUGACACCGUUGACCUUCACUGAGGUCCGCAGCGGGAAAUCUGACAUCCGGAUUGAUUUCACCAGAUACUGGCACGGAGACAACCUGCCUUUUGAUGGUCCAGGAGGGAUCCUGGCUCAUGCCUUCUUCCCCAGAACUCACCGACAGGGAGACGUUCACUUUGACUAUGAUGAGUCUUGGACACUGGGAAACCACAUGGGUACCGACCUCCUCCAGGUUGCAGCCCAUGAGUUUGGUCACAUCUUAGGAUUGCAACAUUCCCGUGAACCAGGAGCUGUCAUGUCGGCGUACUACACCUUCUCUUAUCCACUGAGGCUGAGCGAGGACGACAAAAGAGGAAUUCAGUUUCUGUAUGGAAGUCAUCCAGAAGCCCCGCCCGCUCCACCGCCUCGACCUCCACCACCACCACCGCCACCACCACCACCACCACCACCAUCAUACCCUGAGACCAAUGAGAUCCCAACCAUACCUGACGCCUGCCAGACCAACUUUGACGCCGUGUCCAUGAUCCGGGGCGAGCUCUUCUUCUUCAAGUCCGGGUACGUGUGGAGGAUCAGGGAUGGGCACCUGGAGAGUGGAUACCCAGCGCUGGCAUCCCGCCACUGGAGGGGAAUUCCUGACAACAUUGAUGCCGCAUUUGAAGACAAGUCUGGGAAUAUCUGGUUCUUUCAAGGUCAGAAAUACUGGGUGUUUGACGCAGAGAUGCAAAUCCGAGGUCCAGAAUCCAUCAGGACUCUGGGUCUAUCUGUUUCUGGGAUCCAGGCAGCGUUGCGCUGGGGACACGACUCCAACUAUGACACCUACUUCUUCAAGUCUGGAACCUACUGGAGAUUCAGUCCCCAUGAAAACCGGUUGGAGUCGUUGUACCCGCGCAGCAUGCAGGACUGGAGUGGAAUUCCCAAUGAUGUGGACGCUGCCUUCAGGGACAUCUAUGGAUAUGCUCACUUCAUCCUUGGACGUCAGUACUGGAAGUUUGACCCAGUUGGCAGGAACUCCCUGGAGGGAUAUCCUCGUUACGUAGGCAUGGACUUCUUUGGCUGCAGAAUGAUCUGAAAAGUCACAGGAACUCAUUUUUGUUCCUGUGGAGAUUCAAAAUGUUGGUUCUUAUGAAACAAAAGAGACGUGUGCUGUUUGGAUUUGAGGAGAUGAGAUGUUCUCCUCUGCUCGACUUCACUCACUGAUGCUCAGAUCAACUUCAACACCUUCUCAGGAAAGUCCAACUGUGGUCUCCUCAGUCUCUGUCUCCUCUGCAGCUCCAGUCACACUUAUUUUGCACAUGUUCUCACUGCUGGGCAGAGAUUUGGACUGGAGGUUUAACAUUAAUGUGAACUGUCUUUCUUUUGAGCCUCACACACAGAACCGGAACCAGUCUGGACCUUCAGUCUCCAUCACAUAUGAACACCUACACCUGCAGAUGAUUAAAGAAAUAUCACGGUAUAUUUGUCCACGAGCAGCUAUAAAACCAUCUCCCUACUGAUUUGGCUCUCAUUAGAUCACAUGGGCCAUCUUUCCUGAAAUGUAUCAGUACCUUAAGCAUAAGCACCCAUUUCAAACUAAAUUCUUUUGUUUAUAGGGUCUCCUUGUUUUUUUCUUCUGUGGUGAAAGUCCUGUAAGGACAAAUUACUUCUUCUGGUGUCUAGAGUUCUUUAGCCCUCAGCCAGGUGGUACACUGUACAGUGUGUUUAAAAAACAACAACAUUGUUCUCCACCUGUGUUCUCUGUGUCUUUGGUUCUGCCUCCAGUCUCUUAAAGAUCAAUAUCUGGACCUGAUUUUUUAAGACUCAGUCCACAUUGAGAGUCUACUUUAGAGAAACGGUUUCAAAGUGAAAACACUGUAAGACGCUGGUAACAAUCUUUAGUUUAUUUAAGGUAACUGGUUCUAAAAGUGUCUGGUACUGUGCAGUGGCAAAAUAAAAAUGUUUCCACACUUGGUGAACAUUUCAAUAGUUCCUGGCACUACUUUCUACUCUUGAAACCUUUGAAAUAUGACUGUUAUCUUAAAUGGAAAGGAACUUAAAGGGACAGUUGAGGUAUAGGUUAUAUUUUACAGGAGAGACUGCAAAAUGUUUUUAAUUAAAAAGCCAGCGAUAAUAAAUCACCACUUAAAAUCACAUCACCUCUCCCUACCAUAGCGCCACCUAGAGGCAUUUUUUCAACAAAAGCCACUACAGAGAUGAUCACCUGUUCUCAAACACAGAGAAAAAAACAUGUUCUAAUUACAGCUGUUGGCAGAACAACAUGGCUGCCAUGUCUGUCAAAGAAACUGAUGGUUCAUAUUAUUUUGUAAUCCACUAGGCAUCCAUCCAUCCAUUUUCAUUUGUUUAUCCGUUACCGGGUCGCGGUGGCAGCAGUCUCCAUGACCCCUACCCAAAUCACACUGCACCGUACCAACCCCCCUGAACCUUCCUGCAGGUGGUGAGU